CCAAAUACCAAUAUCAAAAUGCUUCUGUAAUGUUCUCUCACACGUCUCGUCCCUCUCUGCCCCCUAAAUUUUUUCCUGUUUACUCCGCGAAAUCAGUUAGCCGGCCGCCGAUCAUCUCUUUCCGGCGCCGAUACACCUCCAUUGAGUAAUAAUGCAGUAACUUCUCAGUUUCACUUGAUUCUAAACGACGCCGUAUUAUCCAAGCCUUGGUUCUUCUCCGGUCACCGGGAGCUCUGUCCAUGGGUUUCCGGUAGAGAGAGGAAUAGAGCUUAUAUCUUUUGCUCUUUUUUUCUUUGUUCUUCAAAAAACUUAAAGCUCUUUUUUGAUUUUUAUUUGCUGUUUUUCUUUUUCUUGUUGCGUUUUUCAAAAGCUGCAAGUUCUUAGCUCCGGUGAGGUGUUCGUAUGCUGUUUGGUAGUAAAUAGUACUGAUCGGAUCGAUCUCAACCGCUGGAUUCAUCGCCGGAGGUAACGGCAAUCGUUGCUUCUAAUUUUGAAGCUGCAGUGUUGGUAAUUCAGCUGAAUUCGACCAGAUGCUAGAUCUUAACCUCAAUGUUGCCUCGGCCGAGUCCACUCAGGACUCUGACUCGGGGGCAGGCUUUGCCAAUAACCAAACUGAAGGUUCGGGGAACCAAAUGGACGAAUCGGGGACGUCGAAUUCCUCAAUCGUCAACGAGGACGAUGAGUCGUCCUCGGCACGCACUAGCGGGAACGCGUUCACCUUCAGCUUCGACAUACUGAAGAUUGGGAGUGGAGGUGACAAAAAUGAAAACGACGCCGUAGUCACGAGGGAACUGUUUCCGGUGCAGGGAGCUGGGGGCGAUGCUAUGGGUUCAGAGGGGCAAAGCUCCGGUGGCAAGUGGAUCGAUCGGUCGUUCGAGAGAAAGGAAAGUGGAGAGGUGCAGGGGAUGCAGCGAGCGUCACAACAGGUGAAGAAGAGCAGGCGAGGGCCCAGGUCAAGGAGCUCGCAAUAUAGAGGAGUAACUUUCUACAGGAGGACUGGGAGAUGGGAAUCGCAUAUUUGGGAUUGUGGAAAACAAGUCUAUUUGGGAGGAUUUGACACUGCUCAUGCUGCGGCGAGAGCCUAUGAUCGUGCUGCUAUUAAGUUCAGGGGUGUUGAUGCUGAUAUCAACUUCAAUCUGAGUGAUUAUGAGGAGGAUAUGAAACAGAUGAAGAAUCUAACCAAAGAAGAAUUCGUGCACAUACUCCGUCGUCAAAGUACCGGAUUCUCAAGGGGAAGCUCAAAAUAUCGAGGGGUGACACUGCACAAAUGUGGCAGGUGGGAAGCACGAAUGGGGCAAUUCCUUGGUAAAAAGUGAGCAACCAUUUUGUGGAACUUAAUUCUGGUUUAACGUUAUUAUACAAAAUAUGAAGUUUUGAGUGCCUCUUAGUGUCACCUGAGAAUUAGUUUGAAACUAAUUCUCGGUGGAAUUUUUUUGUAUUUUCCUUCAAUGGAAAAGCAUUUCUAAGAUGCCUAUUUGAAAGAAGAUAUGAUUGGGGAAGGUGUUUCAUCAUGGAGAUUACAAUCCUUGCGUGCAGGUAUAUUUAUCUUGGGCUAUUCGACAGUGAAGUAGAAGCUGCAAGGUCCUAAUCAUCUUGAAUUACACUCUACCUGAUAUGAAUUUAUUAUCCUAAAUUCUCAACCUCAAUAUGGUUCCAUCCAACACUUGUCUACCUUUUGACUUUUCUGGAAAUCAGGGCUUAUGACAAGGCAGCUAUCAAAUGUAAUGGAAGGGAGGCAGUCACCAACUUUGAGCCAAGUACAUAUGAGGGUGAGAUGACUUUUGAGGCCAGUAAUGAAGUGAAUGAUAAUGAACUUGAUCUGAACUUGGGGAUUUCUCCACCUGUUUGCAAUGGUCCCAAGGAAAACGAGGGGCAACUCCAGUUUCAAUCUAGCCUUUAUGAUGUGGACCGUGGAAGGAUUUUGGGGGUAAUUUUCUGAAUUGAACUUAUUCCAUUAUAC